CUUCCUGUUUACGUUCGACAAAAUGACGUCACGCUAAAAAUGUUAAACGGAGUGUUUCGAUAUUGAAACAUCAGAUAACUUAAGAGACAGCGUCCUUCUGAUUUUGAUACGAAACUAUAUGCAAACGUCUCCUGAGCCGCUGCAUCCGGAGCCCGUACCCUGAGGAAGAACUCCCUCUGUCGGCGCAUCUCAGCCAGAAAGCAAGCUAGCCGGGUUCUUCAUUCCAGGUAGCCUAGGAAGUAACGUCUUCUGUAAGUUAGUGUUGGAACGAGUUGGCCGCGGACUCUAACGAACUUCCAGAUUAAGCAGAAUACGUCGCGUCUGCCAGCAUGGAAAAUAAAUAUAACCUUAAAAGUCCAGCGGUGAAGAGGCUAAUGAAGGAAGCUGCAGAACUGAGGGAUCCGACGGAGCACUACCACGCCCAGCCACUGGACGACAACCUCUUUGAAUGGCACUUUUCUGUACGCGGGCCUCCAGAUUCUGAUUUUGAUGGUGGAGUGUACCAUGGCAGGAUUGUGCUGCCCCCGGAAUACCCCAUGAAGCCUCCCAGCAUCAUCCUGCUGACACCAACUGGGAGAUUUGAAGUGGGGAAGAAGAUUUGUCUGAGCAUCUCAGGGCAUCACCCAGAGACUUGGCAGCCUUCUUGGAGCAUCCGAACUGCUCUAAUAGCUAUAAUUGGAUUCAUGCCAACUAAAGGUGAAGGUGCAAUAGGAUCUCUGGAUUACACCCCAGAAGAGAGAAAGGCCCUCGCUAAAAAGUCCCAGGACUUCUGCUGUGAAGCUUGUGGCUGUUCGAUGCGAUCUGCCCUCCUGCCUCUGACCUCCAACAGCAACCCCAGUGCUGAGGAUCGCCAGGCCAAAGAACUAGCACAGCAAAUCAAAUUCAAGGCAGAGUCCAGUAUAAUACCACAGGCUUCAACAAGUGGAAGUAAAGCUUCAACUGUCACUCAGGGAGAAACCUCCAGCUCUUCUGAGCAGCAAGCUGAAGAAAGGCCCCAGGCUGAACAGGCGGAAGCGUCUCCAGCAGCAGAUCCAGAGGAGCUCCAGGCCCCCAAUGACAGCGGCCCUGUUCGUCGGCUCAGUCCCAGACAGCGUCGGGCCCAGCAGCUCAGCCGACAGGCCCCCAGGGCCGGCAGAGAACCAGUAGCUAGCAGAGCUCUGUUUGGUCCGGCGCCUCGCCGUGACAACCAUGCAGCCUCUGCAGUCCUCAUCGUGGUUCUCACCCUGGCCUUGGCUGCCCUCAUCUUCCGCAGAAUCUAUUUGGCUAAUGAAUACAAGUUCAACUAUGACCUGUGAUGUUUCCCCUUACCGCUGUAGUCCACAGAACUCUGAGCAGAACCGUGGAGGGCAAGCUGAGGCUGUAGCUAACACUGACGUUGGGGCUUUUCCACUAACAUGCUUCCAGGACUAGAGCAGGCUGGUGCUAGAGCUGUUUCUAAUCUGAUUCUAUUAUAAAGGUAAAAACUCCUGGUUUAGAGCAGACCCAGUCUCAUCAUGAUGUCUUCCAGGAUGUUUCCUCCUUUCUCUGGUGUAUCCUGUGUUUCAGCAGAGGAACACCUUACCCAGACCGAGUACAGUUUGUCUCAUUACCUCUGCACACAUGUUUUAAUGUCAUAUAUUUGAUUUAGAAGUGCUACUUUACACAACUCGUGAUGUUUAGAUGAGGCCCAGCGCACAGUUCACUGUGAAAAUCCCCUGAAUCUAAACUGUCAGCAGACGAUGGUAAAACAACUGUAUCAGAGUAGCAACUGCGCCUAGCAUGACAGCUGGUUAACUCCUCUUCCUCAUUCCUCGACUUCAUGUUCCUAUUAAAGCUUAGCAGUUUUCAUACGUCAGCUUAACACAAACACUACAGUAAAUCCAAAACUUGAAACCUUUUCAAGUUUUGUGCUUAAAGUCUUUUCAUAAUAACAAUAAUACGUUUUAUUUCUAGGUGUCUUUCUUCACUUCAGGACGCUGAGUUUUAGUUGGUUGUUGGUCUCUGUGAACCUGCCUCAAGCCUCUGAUGGAGGAGGGUCUUUUCCAUAAAGUUUGUGUGACUGUAGCAUCACUUCCUGCUUCCUCAUUUAGCCUCAGAACAUUAAGCAGAAAAAAUACUGGGUGUGAAGCUAGCGCUAGCUCUUAUUUAGUACUGGAACCAGUUUGCUGGAAAAGCCCUUGGUGCUCUGCCGCCUCAGCAGCCUGCUCCUCUCAGGAGGCCGUAUCAUUCCUGCUGCUGCAGUCAACAACACCUCCAGGGUGUCUUUUAAUCAGUGUGACUUUUACUCUCUGUGGCAUUGUGGCCUGCGGCAUUAAGAACUGGAAGCUUUUUUCAUUUAUAGAACUCAUGCCAUGGCCAACAUGUCUCCCUCUCCUCAUGUAAUUGUUGAAUGUCCAACGGCUGUACUUAUUCUGUCAAUUAAAACUGUAACUGAUAAGUUAGCAACAUGGGCCAAUGUGAGCUCUUUCUCUCAUCAGACUGAUGUGUGUUUGAAAUUCCUGCCACACAAAAAUCUGAUUCCAAGAUGUUGGGCCAAGAGUUUGGAAAAAGUCUUAGUUUUAAAGCAAGAUAUAAACUAUCACACACUUCUCAUGUUUUCCUUUAUCUUGUAAAAGAUGGGAGUCAGCAAAUAUCAAGAGGGUUAUGUAAGCUGCCAUUUAUCAUAGACGCAAGGAGUUCUUAUUAACUUAAUGUGUGUGUGAGGGUGUGUGUGUGGGGGUGGAUGGUGUGCUUUAAAAUAAAAAGCAUCAGAUUUUUAAUUCAGUGAAGUUUUUAUGCUAAAUUGAAGGUUUCUGUUAGAUGAUAGGUUCACUCUAAGCAGAUUUUAGCAUUCUCUCAUGUAUACAUGCAGCGUGCUGCACUGUGAUUUUCAGGUUUUAUGGUAGGACUGCUAGAACUUGUAAGAACCUCAGACUCAUAAUUGAUUUGCCAAAGAAUCACCAUCAACAAAAUUUUCAAUAUGUGAAUGUUCACAAAUGAUUUUAUGAGUUUAUGUUUGCAAAUAAAGAUGUAACCCAGUGAAAUAAAUCUGAUGAGGAAAACAACUUUUUUUCUGAUUUAUAAAGUAUUUGCUGAAGAAAAUGUAAAGCUCUCAACACCUCAGUAGGAUCAGUCGUGCCUAUAUGGCAGCAAAUUUUGCUUUAUUAUUUGAAUAUAGCGACAUUUAAUAUCUAAAUGAUUAAUAGCUGUUGAGUAUUGUUUAAUAAACAAAGAAUGCACGUCUUUGAAGUAGGUAAGAACUGGACUGAACACGAGUGAAGGCAGUCAAGUCACAAUUCUUGGAAGCAAAUUGUGCUUCCAAGGCUGCACAGGCUGCACAGUACUGUGCAGCCUAGAACUGUGGUGUCAUUUGUGAACAUUCUUUUAAAAAGCUUCACAUCUUAUUCUAGACAUCAAGCAGCCACUGUUUUCAGACCAAGUGGCUAAGCAGCAAAACCGUCUUUCCAACAGAUGUACGUCUCUCAGCCUUUCAGGAGACUCUUGUGUUUGUGUGAUGUGAUAAAUGUACAGCACCAAGAGCUUCACACUACAUUCAGUCAUUCACCCAUUCACACUCACAAAUGAUAGUGAUUCCCACAGCUGUUUCACAAGCCACAUCAGUCUCAGGAGUUGAUGAAUGCUAGAACCAAAACCUUGAUUUAAGAUUUUUUUAAGGCCAGAGGAUGCUGCCUGAUCAACGUCCUGAUCAAGCAGGAUGCUGACGUUCCUCCCUGCAGGAUAAAGAGUUCACAUCUUUCCACGUCUAACUCUGGAUAAAACUUCACAGUUUUUAAUGAAGGAUCUUUUCUUCCGCUUUCAUUGGGUUUGACUUUUGAGCUGCUGCUACUAUUGGAACAGCAAGACAGAAAAAGGAUUCAUUUACCCUUUAAUUAUAAAUGUCUUCAUGGGAUAAUAAAUGGAGUCCAUACACCAUUUAUUAUUGCUUCAUUUAUCAGUGUGGUGGCACAAUGUGAGUGUAAUCUCUGCUAUGAUCUCUUUUUCUUUGUAGUGGCGAUAAAUUCAUGAGCCAGUUGAAGUGCCAAAUUAAAUGAAGUUAUUAACAGUU